AUGGCUCCCAGCCGACGACAUAUUGGCGCAAGUCGUAGACAGAGACGAGACGAUGAGGGCGAAGACGAGAGCUCUCACAUCGGCGAGGUGGAGGACGACUCUCUGAGUGAGGCCUCGGUUGAUAGUCACCAAGAAGACGACGAUGCCGACGGAGAUGUCAGCGAAACCGACGACGAACCUCAGGCAACGGUGGUGGCGGAUGACCUAAAGAAUGGAAAGGCCAACGGCGGGGAACCCAACCAGGGUCGAAAACAAGCUUCAGUACCGAUGAGAAAGCCAGGACUGAAGACGACUGUUUCAGACACGGAAGCAAUGUUGAAUGACAUGAAGGUAUCUGACGACAGCGACGCGGUUCACUUUGAUCAGAUGGCGGAGCAGCGGGAUCUUCAAACAGGCCGAACACCAUCAGCGCCACCUUCAGAACCAAAGCGAGAAACCUUGGCCGCAAAGAAGCGUCGAGAGCAUGAGAAAUACGCGAAGGAACGAGAACAAAACCCAGCAUUUGUGCCGACGCGAGGAAGCUUCUUCUUGCACGAUAAGCGCACGUCAGAAGCGGGAUCAAACAACCACCGUCCCUCCACCAAGGGAAAGUCGAGACCCGUUGGCCUGAUUGUGGAUGGAAACUCUCGCAAAAACUCGACAGCGAAGCCGGAUGCAAGCGAGGGGCAGUGGACGCACGAUCUUCAUGAGACAGUAGCGGGCGACAACCCGCCCUCCAAGCAGUUGUCGGCAGCACUUGGAUCGAAUACCACUGCCUCUCAUGUCCCAACUGCCCCCCGAUCCGAACCCCCCAAUCGUUCAUUCUCCAGCACCACACUGAUAGGCAAUGUUCCAGUCGUUGUCUUCUUGCCAGGCAUGGCACAACCAAAACCAUUCCCCGCCAUGCCUAAGAAGCAGCAUACGCGUCUUCCGGAACACCGUCCCCCUCUGCGCCGCGACAAGCCGGUGCGGAUUUCGCUUCCUGAUCAGCCUCCGCGCUACAUCUUUCCAUCUAUUGAGCGUUCUUUCAUCUUCAUCCCUCGGGCCUUCCGACCCAAUCAGCAGAGUUACCGCGGCCGAGGCCGCGGUGGUGGAUUCUAUCCUGGCCGAAGAUCCAGCUACUAUAACACAUACACACCCAGUGUCCUCAGUGCCAGCCGACGAUCCUCCUUAGGAAUGUCUGUCUCCCAGGAUGGGUUUCCCUCGCCGGCAGGCUCCGUCUACUCCCGCCUCGCUAUGGUGGCCCCAGAUGCAAGCAAGCCUGUUGUUCGACUGCCGCCUUCCUCUCGGCCGCCUGUCGCCAUGCCUCCCACCGGCCCAGGCGUGGGGCUUCCAGCAGGUCCUUUGCCCCCUGUGCAAUUCACCCAUCCCGCCUAUCGUGAAAGCCGUCCCGCGCCUAUUCCCAUGCACCAACCGCGCCCUCAAAAGACAGUGUCCGUUGCCGACAUCGAAAGUCCCGCGAGCUUCCCCUUCAAUCCACCUCAACCUCAGCAGGAGCAACCCUUCCACCAUCAAGUCCCUCUCGCGAUGGCUGGGCCCGCUCCUGAGCAUAUGUCUCAUGGCCCUUCAAACCAACCUUCGAAGACCCCGCUGUCGCAGAUACCUGAGCGAGCGAUCCAUGCCCAGCCUUUCCAACCGUAUGGCUACCAAGCCCCUGGAUUCUACCCGGGUUAUCCUUCCGGUCCCAUGUACUACCCUGGAUCCGGUGUAGAAUACCCAUCCUACAAUGGGCCGAUGGGGCCGGGCGUUUCGAUGCCGGGCUUCCCCCCUGGACCACAGCCCAUGCCCUACAUGGUGCCAGCUCCACCGGCAGAGCAAACCUCACAACCGGGGACUGUUGCCCAUGAGUCAGGCGGCACAGUGUACUUUUAUGAUGCCAACCAGAUGUACUCUGGUGCCAGUUAUGGGUCCCAUGGCCAGGGACAGGCUGCAGGCGGGGUGGUUGGCAUGGGGGGCAUGAUGACACCUCCGGGUACCACUUACUAUUACCCCCAGCCCCCUGGUGCUGCCGGCGGAGUCUACUACGGCCCUCCAUAG